UGGAAAAAUAAAAUUUUAAAAAUCGAUGUUGUUGGUCUUCAAACAGCCAUGAGACUUGGCGCCAUGCACUGCCUGCAUCAUGGCCCAGUGAAUGUCGUGACUCGUGAUCACUUCUUUCUUUUCUGGAAGUUUAUAAAUGAGGCUUCCCUUUCUACCUCAAGAGUCUCACAACACUAACUGUGAGUCUCAUACCGUUUUCUCUUCUCAAUAGAUUUUAUCGGUUUUCAUAUUCAGGAGAAAUGGCAGCUGAACCUGUUAAUGUAAAUGAGUUCCAAGAAUUGGCCAAGAAAGCUCUUCCAAAGAUGUACUAUGAUUUCUAUUCUUCAGGAGCUGAGGAUGAGUACACACUAGGGGAGAAUGUGGAAGCAUAUCGUAGAAUUACGAUCCUGCCGAGGGCUCUUGUGGAUGUGAGCAAAAUAAACCUUUCAACUACAGUACUGGGUUUCAAGAUCGCAGCACCCAUCAUUAUUGCCCCAACCGCAAAGCAUAAAUUAGCUCAUCCUGAAGGAGAGGUUGCGACAGCAAGAGCUGCUGCAGCAAGUAACACUAUCAUGGUGCUAUCCUUUAUGUCUACCUGUAGUAUGGAGGAGGUUGCAGCCAGCUGUAAUGCUGUCCGGUUCUUUCAGUUAUAUGUAACUAAAAGACGGGAUAUUACAGUUCAGCUAGUGCAGAGAGCUGAAAGAAAUGGAUACAAGGCUAUUGUCCUGACAGCUGACACACCCAAGAUUGGUCGACGGGAGGCAGAUAUAAAAAACAAAAUGAUCUCACUUCAAGCGAAGAAUCUUGAAGGUCUCUUAUCUACUGCAUCUUCAAAUAAAGAGGGUUCUAAUCUUCAAGCUGUUGCCGCUGAAAUUUUUGAUCAAUCUCUGAGUUGGAAGGACAUUGCUUGGUUGAAAUCUAUUUCAAGCUUGCCUAUUUUGAUCAAGGGGUUGCUCACUGCAGAAGAUGCCGUAAAAGCUGUGGAAGCAGGAGUUGCUGGGAUAAUUGUGUCCAACCACGGAGCACGCCAACUUGAUUAUGUCCCCGCCACUAUUGAUGCUUUGGAAGGGGUUGUUCAAGCUGUCGGAGGAAAAGUUCCUGUUUUCUUUGAUGGUGGAAUCCGGCGUGGAACAGAUAUAUUUAAAGCCUUAGCUCUUGGCGCUCAAGCAGUUCUUGUGGGGAGGCCUAUACUUUAUGGGCUGGCGGCAAAGGGGGAAAAUGGAGUCAAACGGGUCCUAGAAAUGCUGAAGGAUGAGCUAGAACUGAGCAUGACCCUGGCUGGGUGCUGUGAUGUGAAGGAUAUUACUAGGAACCUUGUAAGGACACAGCAUGACCGGUUCCGAUCCUUCCUCUAAAUACUAUGCAUGACUGAAUAAAACAAUGUAGCCCGAUCACUGAACAUGCUCUGAAUGUAUAUUUAAUAUAAAAGAAAAUAAAUCAUGCAAGUGUGUUGGAGUGGGUAGGGAGAAGAGUUGCUGAGAAUACGAGAUGUAAUUUGGAGGUAUAGUUAUUGUUUACUGUACUACUGUUUCGGAGGUGUAGUUUGUAUUGAUAUUGGGGUUAUCACUAUGUAACUACAGAUAUUAUUAUGCAAAUAAAGAUUGAUAAGGCUCCCCAGAAGAGCACUCUGUCUCA